AUUAUCACAACACAGGUCAUUCAGCUGUGAGUCUUCUGAGACGUCUGUAUUAAACUACACCAUCGUCAUCAUUAUGGCUCACAGAUCACAAGACACGUCUUUGAGCAUCAGUGACUUAAUUCAGAACAGUCAGUUAAUCAGUGAAGGAAAACCAGCACGAUAUCGUCUACUUACAACCAGAAGUGAUGUAGAUGAGAGUGGUGAAAUCAGAAAAUGGACAUUUGGUCGGCGAGACAUGAACAUGAAAAACAAAAUCAUUCUGAUGGUGGGACAAACUGGAACAGGCAAAACCACUCUGAUCAACGCCAUAGUGAAUUACAUACUGGGAGUGAAGAUCAAUGAUGAUGUUUGGUUUGAGAUCACAGAAGAAGAAGGAGUGAAUCAAACUGAACCUGGAACAGCAGAAACAGCAGAUCAAUCACAAACUCAAACAACUGCAGUCACAGUCUAUGAGGUCUCUGUCCAGGGCAACCCUAUCGCAGUUACCAUCAUUGACACUCCAGGUUAUGGAGACACCAGAGGGCCAGAAUAUGACAAGAAGAUUGCGGAAAACUUGUUGAAACUAUUUGAAAAAGACACUGGAGUGAAGGAAAUAGAUGCAGUGUGUCUGGUAGUGAAAGCAACUGAGAAUCGUCUCUCUGACAAGGAGCAUUACAUAUUUGAUGCAAUUCUGUCUCUAUUUGGUGAAGACAUAGAGGAGAACAUUGUGAUUUUUAUGACACACUCAGAUGGAGGAACCCCAACAAAUGUCAUUAAUGCCGUCAAGAAAGCGAAGAUUCCUUGCAGGAAAGAAAACGGAUCUGAUCCUGUUUAUUUCUUAUUCAACAAUCGUCAAGCUGAGCAGACCAUGAGAGGUCAGAGAUUAUAUCAUUAUGCCUGGGAGCUCACAGAGGAAAGUUUAAGAGAUUUCUUCACAUCUCUGGAAGACCAGAUCAGAAAAAGCUUAGCAAAGACAGAAAGAGUUCUGACAGAGAACAAACGACUGAAAGCCUGUGUUUCUAAUCUGGAGGAACGCAUUGAAUUCAAGGAGCUCAAACAUGUAGAACUGACUCAGAUUCAGGAAGCCCUCAAACAAAACCAGGAAAACAUUGAGAGAAAUGAAAACUUUUCUUUUACUGUCACCAGGAGUCACAAAGAAAAAGUGACCAUUGAAAACGCUUCAUGGUGGGACAGAAAGGCAACCUGUUGCUCCGUCUGUCAGGAGAACUGUCACGAGUACAGCUGCUGGUGUGCCUUCAACCCUGCAUGGUGUGAAGUCAUGAAAGAUGGGCGCUGCACUGUGUGUUCAGGGAAGUGUCACCACAGUAAACACAUCAGAGAGAACAAGAAAUAUGUUAUAAAGAGGGAAGAGAUCAAAAUGACGUAUACUGACCUGAUAAAACAAUAUGAGAGAGCUGAUGAGUCAGCAGAAGAUAUCAGUCUAGGCUCAUUGUCAUUUGUGAAUGUCAAAAAGGACCAUGAAAGGAACAAGAAACAGAAAAAGAAGGAAAUGAGUGUAGAAGACAGACUGAAAGAAGAACUGAGCGAGAUUGAAAUAGAAAAGACCCAACUGUUGGAAGAGGCCUGCAUCACCAUAAUGGAUCUGUCUCAGAUUGCCUUAAAACCAGACUCCGCCUUCAUUAUUAAGUCCCUGGACUUUUUAAUCCCUAGAGCUGAGGAAACGGGAGAUCAUGACUGGGUUCAGAAACUGAAGGAACUGAGGGAAAUUAAACCUGAAGCACAGGCAAGAGCUGAUUCUGUAAACAGAUAUUUCAGUUUGUCCGAUGCAAAAAAGACCAGUAAAAACUAGAAUGCAUCGAAUGAUUGUGUGUAACAGUGAUAAAGAUCCAAAGCAGAAGGUUAAUAUUGAUCUGCAUUAACAAGUGUACUGGGCUCUCUGAGGUUUGGGGUAAAAAGAUUGCAAUCAGCUCUGGUUAUUUAGCCUGUACUGAACUCCUGUCAAGAUUUUUUUUUUAUUUUUGAUAACAUCCCUUUGUCUGUAUAACAUGAUACAUUCAAGAUAUUUACAAAGGACAUAUGUGCCUGUAACAGAGGUUGUGAAAUAAUCCAGGCCCCCUGUGUCCAUCCCCACCCACACAUUUGAAAUUAACAAACUGUAAAUGAACUCUGAAUUAAACCUUAAAAAAACAACAAAAAUUGGGAUGAAUUGGAACGUCAUGUUGGCCAGGCCUUCUUGUCCAAUAUCAGUGUCUGACCUCACAAAUGCUCUUUUGACUGAAUGAGCUCAAAUUUCCACAAACACUCUCCAAAAGUGUAGAAAGCCCUCUCAAAAUAAUGGAGGCUGUUAUAGCUGCAAAGGGAGGCCAAAUUUCAUAUUAAUGCCCAUGGUUUUGGAAUGGGAUGUCAAACAAUCUCAUAUUGGUGUUAUAUACUGUAAGUUAACACAUCCUCUACACAGAACACAUUUCUGCUCAUUCUAACACUCAAGGACUGUUUAUUUGCUGAA